UUAAAAUCCAACAAGACUAGUGUGUAAAGGAACGACCGGCGGGAGGACGAUGUGCUACAAGAACGCCUCCGGUGUUGUUGUUGUCCCGCCCGGGUCAUGCCUCGGUCAUGAUGCUCCUGCGGUGUGUGUUACCCUCCACCUCCAGAUUUUUUUUGACUACACAAAAUGGAGAGCGGUACAUCUCAACAGCUGCAGCACCUCUGUAUUUCAGGCUCACACAAGUUGUUGGAGCUGAACCCCUAAAGAAAAAGAAAAAGCUGGAUCCCCAGAUACUUCGUCAAAGAGAAGAACGCAAAAAAAAGAAAAUUGAGAAGGCAAUUCGCCGGUUAGAGAAGAAUGCUGGGCAGCUAAAGCCACUUGAUGAACUUGAAGUCCCACGUACUAUUCUUCAGGAAAUGGAGAUUCGCAAGAGACCUGCAGGUCCCAUAACAGAGAAGAUUGAAGAGGAACGUGUUUUAUUGAGUAAAAAGUGGGCAAAUUACAAGUACCAGCAACAUUUGACUGAAGUCACCAUGAUUGAACGUAUUAUUUCCUCCAGAGAUCGAGCCUUAGAGGAACUUCGGCUUGAAUCUGAAGAUUUAUGGUUUGAGGCGAUACAGUUGGACCAAACACUGCUUCCAUUUAAAGUAAAGGGUCCUGUUCAAACUCCUCCAGUCAAAUAUUAUAAUGCUCCUGAUGGUGAUUAUUUUGACAAAACCACUAAAUGGGAAUAAACUUAUAUUACUUAGAUAUUACUGUAUUACUGUAAAAAUGAAAGUUCAUUGUAAAAUAAGUUUACUUAAUGGAGCAGAGAACAAAGUCACUGAUAAUAUUGAAUUGAUGUCUUUGCUAUAUUUAAGAUGAAAUAUCAAAAAGUACUAGAAUCUUAAAGUAUUUUGUUCAUAAAUUUUAGCUUCUUAGUGAAUAGCAUUUGUAUAUACAGUACAGUACUAAAAUAGCUGAUUCUUUUAGCUACAUAUAAUUAUUUAGUUAAGAAAUUAUUUCCAGUGGUUUUAUUAAGUUGAGGCCCAUCUAAAGAAUAUCACCAUGUCACUUGAAGAAAGUGAAACUGAAUGAUUCAUAAAAUAAAAUAAUAAUGAUUACA